CUUCCUUCUCAACUCACUCGCCAACCAUGAGGACCUUCGCAGCUCUUGCUCUGUUGGCUCAGGUAUGCCAGCUCGCCCUAGCCAUCGAAACGGCUCCUUAUAACCUGGUUAACUCUGCUGAGACGUACGAGGAGCGCGUGUACCCGGCGCAGAAGUGGGUCACCACAUCCCAUCUCUCCAUCUCUCACCACGAAGCCACCAAUGACGUCAUGUUCCGCAAAUUGUUCAACUACAUCGACGGACAGAAUGAUGCAGCCAUGAAGAUCGACAUGACAGCCCCCGUGACCACGCUGGUCAUCCCCGGAGAAGGACCCAACUGCGAGAACAACUUCACCAUGAGCUUCUACGUCCCCGCCGCCCACCAAGACAACCCGCCCACGCCCACCAACCCUGACGUGUACAUCGAAGAGCGACCGGAACUGCACGUGUUCUCCAGGAGGUUCCACGGGUUCGCUAGCGACGAGGACUGGAUCGUCAACGCCGCGCAGCUUCACGACGACCUGGUGGCAGCCGGCGAGGAGGGCGUCGACUUCAACACGUACUACACCGUUGGCUACGACUCUCCCUUCGUUAUCGUCGGCCGCAACAAUGAAGUCUGGUUCAUAAAGAAUGAUAUGAAUUAAUCCUCAUUUACUCUAGUGUCAACUUAUUUAUUAUUUAUUGGUAUUAAUUGAUAGAUAUAUGCGGACAAAUAUACACCAAUUUAGAAACGGUUUAUUUGCUUAUCCCUAUGAAUAAGAAUGAGACUAAUGUUACAUACGGUAUCCAAUUCAAUUGUAAAUGAGUUCAGAAAAACAUAAAUUUAGUAGUCGCGCUACUCUACUUAUUGCUUUGUCAACAAGGCAAUAAGAAGUAAAAUUGGGCUACCAUCUCUGUCCCUUACGAGAUCCUGAGAAAGGAUUACUAAAUUUGUUACAGUAAUUUUGCAUCAUAAACACUGCCUGUUAGACUGUAGGUGACCUACAGAAACGCUGGUGGUGUUCUGUAAAGGGUUUUCGUAUAUUGCAUGUGGUAAUGAUAUGGUUUUGGUUAUAAGCAAGCAUGAAUAAAAUUGUUUAAUAUAUAUAUAGUGUAUAUAUUCUUGAAAGAGAAUUGUUUAUACUCGCUCUCCCUCAACUCCCUCAUUGUGGUGUGAUAUUGGUAUUAAUUUCCAUGUUAUUUGCAGCCUUUUUGUUGUGCAUGUGAUACCUGGGGACCUAAAAUCAAGAACUGCAGUGUUUAUGCAUUACGCCCCUUUCGUAAUCAAGCUGUACUUCAAGUGCUUAUGCCAUCCAUGUGAUUGUUGUUAACCAAACCAAUAUU